CACACCUGCUAGCAAACCAACUGUGCAUGCGAAUUGCCAGCAGCGAACAGCCACCUACCUGCAAACUAUGCACAACAAAAUGAUGCGAGAUCAGGCGUAAAAACGCGACCUCGUCCCACAGCAACGUCAAAAGCGGUCGCACCGAGCAGGAGAAGCCAAGCCACCUCGCACUAGUCAGUCCACCGCGCCGCACCCCGAAAGCCCAAGCCCCUCUUCCAUGGCGGCGCCAGUGCCGCCGGGGCCGGAGGUGUUCGACGUCGUCAUCUUCGGGGCCUCGGGCUUCACUGGCAAGUACGUCAUCCGCGAGGCCCUCAAGUUCCUGCCCCCCAACGCCUCCCCGCUCCGCUCCCUCGCGCUCGCCGGCCGCAGCCGGGACCGCGUCGCCGCCGCGCUCCGCUGGGCGGCCGCGCCGGGCCCCGCCCCCGACGUCCCCAUCCUCGUCGCGGACGCCUCCGACCCUGCCUCCCUCGCCGCGGUCGCGGCGCGGGCGCGCGUCCUGCUCUCCUGCGCGGGGCCCUUCCGCCUCCACGGCCGCCAGGUGGCCGCGGCCUGCGCCGAGGCGGGGGCCGACUGCCUCGACAUCUCCGGCGAGCCCGAGUUCAUGGAGCGCGUCGAGGCCGACCUCCACGAGGUCGCCGCCAAGAACGGGUCGCUGAUUGUCUCCGCCUGCGGGUUUGACUCCAUCCCCGCGGAGCUCGGGUUCUUGUUCAACUCCAGGCAGUGGACGCCGCCCUCCGCACCUGUGAGCGUGGUCGCGUACGUCAACCUGGAGUCGGACAGGAAGAUCGUCGGGAACUUCGGCACGUUUGAGUCGGCCGUUCUCGGGGUGGCCAACGCCAACCAGCUGCAGGCGCUGCGCCGGUCCAGGCCAAGGCCGGCCAAGCCCAGGAUUCCGGGGCCUCCGCCUCCCAAAGGAUCACUGAUUGAGCAUGACAAGGCACUAGGAUUGUGGGUCAUGAAGUUACCUUCUGCUGACACAGUGGUUGUGAAGAGAACACUAGCAAAACUGACAGAGCAUCCUGAGGGCCUUCCUGGCGUGGACGAGACCUCAGAUUUCGCGGCGCAUAGGAAGGAAUUCUGGUCAUCUGUCAAACCUGCACAUUUCGGUGUGAAGAUCAGCACCCGUUCCAUCCUGGGCCUUUUCUGGUGGCUGUGUACCGGGCUUUUCAUCGGCAUUCUCGGGGGCUUCUCCUUGGGCAGGUCCCUCUUGCUGAAAUUCCCCGAGUUCUUCUCCAUCGGGCUGUUCAGAAAGACCGGACCGACAGAAGAGGAGGUCCGCAGUGCCUCGUUCAAAAUGUGGUUCAUCGGCCGUGGCUACAGCGACUCGGCCCGCGCGUCGGAGCGUGGAAGCAAGCCAGACAAGGAGAUCGUGACCAGAGUUUCGGGGCCAGAGAUCGGGUACAUCACCACGCCGAUCGUCCUCGUCCAGUGCGCCCUCGUCCUUCUGAGCCAGCGGGCCAAUCUGCCGAAGGGCGGGGUGUACACGCCGGGCGCCGUCUUCGGCCCCACGGAUCUCCAGAAGCGCCUCGAGGAGAAUGGCCUGUCGUUCGAGCUCAUCUCUUCGAGGACCCUCCCCUCGGAUUAACAGGCUCGUGCUUCCCACACCUGAUCUCGUCGUUAAACCAGUUGUCUGCCGCUGCUUCUCUACCGUCUGUCACCUGGGUGUCUAGCAGGCUCGCUCGCUCAAUGGCCUUAUACUAUUUGUGAAGAAGAAACAUAGUGUGAGUCCGUAUUACUAUUACUUACCGCGCAUGAAAUGAAGAAGAGGAUGCGCUCGUCUACUAUGAAUCGUAUGGGUGAAAUAUACGUACAAUAAGAGUGUUGAAUGUAUUUUGUAUGCAUGAAUGGAGAUGGAAACCAGCGUGUGUUAUUGAUCCUUAAA